AUGUUCUUUUCGCGACUAAUUAAAUGUCAACUUCUUUUAAGGAAAUUUAAGGUAAAACCAACCUCAAAUGGGUGUUCCAUUCGGAAUUUAUUAGGUGACGCGCGUAGCUGCUCGGUUAGACCUUUUGGCGAUAUAUCGAGACCAAAUCGAAUACUUUUUUUCGGAUCGGAUGACUUUUCGGUUGCUUCAUUGUUGGCGCUGAUUGAUGAAAAAUCAUCGAAUGGAAGCAGUUCUUUCAUUGAAUCGAUCGAAGUGGUGGUGCCACCUGGUCGUAUGACCGGAAGAGGAUUAAAGCAAUUAAAACAAAGUCCCGUCAAGUUGCUUGCGGAAAAUGCGGGAUUGAUUAUUCACGAGGCACCACCAAAAACUUUACAAGGUUGGGAGAUUCCCAAAUCGCGUGACUCGGUACGCUUUGACAUAGGUGUGGUAGUAUCAUUUGGAUACUUCUUACCCCCGAAAAUCAUUGAAUCAUUUACGAAAGGAGCUUUGAAUGCCCAUCCCUCGUUGUUGCCAAAAUAUCGGGGAGCGUCACCCAUUCAAUAUGCGAUAUUGAAUGGAGACAAAGAAACCGGAGUUACAAUUCAGGAGCUUCACCACAAAACUUUCGAUGCGGGCCGAAUUCUCAGGCAGAUGACUGUGCCAAUUCCUCCGCUUUCCACAUGUUCGUCGCUGGCGUCAAUCCUCGCGGCCGAGGCUUCCGAGUUGCUAGUUGAUACCCUUCGACACUUUGAUUAUUACCAGGCGAAUGCUCAAGAGCAAGAUGAAAAACAAUCAACCAAAGCCCCCAAGAUUUCAAGAGAUAUGGCCUUUAUUAAAUGGGAUCAAACCUCGUCACAAAAUUUAGAUCGAUUACAUCGCGCCAUUUCACAUCAGUAUCCCUUGACAACAAUCUUCAAUGGCAAACACGUUCAAUUACAUCAACUCUCCGUGCCUGCUCAAAGUGAGGUCGAAAAGUUUAGAUCGCUAAUAAGUUUACGACACCACGAGCCGGGGACAAUAAUUUUUGACCAACAUGAAUCAAACCUGUCAUCGAUCUAUAUCGUGUGUAAAGGUGACGCUGAGUUGAUCGAAUGCAAAAGCGUCAAGAUGGAGGGUAAAAAGGAGAUCCCGGUAAAAGAUUGGAUUAAUGGGUAUCAGAUAGAAAGCGAAAAAAUGAAAUUCGAGGGGAUGACCACAGACCAAUUGUCGCACCAAUUCCAAGAAGACAAGAUGACGGCGAAAGAACAGGAAUUUGACAGAAAACUGCAUGAACUGCUUGAAAGGAAGCCACCCGGAAUAAGUGCCUCAAAAAUAAAGGACUUGACGAGGAUCGCAAUGACCAGUCCCAAGCAAUAUAAAAGCAUUGUGCACAGCUUGCAGAAAUUCAUUCAAAGGUGCGCAGCCGAUUACAAAUUAGGAGCAUUAUAUGUACUGGACUCAAUAUCACAGGCAGCACAAAGGCAGAAGUCUAUGGUGUCGGAGAAAGAUGGUGAUGGCAUUUCUUCUUGGUCAGGUGCCGAGUAUCUCGAGAGGUUUGAGAAAAUAUUGGAAGAAAUGUUUGCGAACAUUAUGCAAUGUCCGGAUCACGAUAAGGAGAAAGUGAAACGUGUACUUGACAUAUGGCUUAGCAAAGAUGAUAUUUAUGACAAGGAGAUGAUUCGCAAAAUAAAAGACACCUAUUUUUCCCAGAGAGAUGCAACCAAACCAUUAGAAAACAAUGUGUCAAUAUCGGCACCCACUACAGGUGGACCGAUGGUUGGAGUGGUACCUACGUCAAUUAACCCCACGCCUACCGUAGAUCAAGCAGCAUUGACACCGACAGCUCUAGAUUCUUCAGCAUUAUUAGCAACUUUGAAUAAUCUAACCCAAGGAACUCUAAAUAUACCCUCUUUCCUGUCACAAAAUCCAAUAACCUCUGCCACAUCGCAACCCAUUGCCUUUAACAAUGUUGCCGCUAACCCGAUUCCGCAGCAGAUGUCAUUGCCCACUGCACCACAAUUUACAAACGCGAACAUGCCAUCGUUGAACACUGUAUCUCAACCUCCGGUAUCUGCUCCCAUGCCCGCGACCAAUGGAUUUUUGCAAGCACCCACGCCGUCAUCAUCAAAUUACACAAAUAAUACCAACACGACCAAUGCCAAUCCAUCUGUAAAUGAUCCUCUUGAUUUUGAUUACGGAGACAUGGAUGAGGAUGAGGAUCACGGUCCAAAGACAUCUGCCCCAAACGGUGAUAUAAUUAAUACCGCUGAGAAAAACCCGACGGGUGCUAUGAGCGUGCAGCCGGUAAAUGUAAAUCAACCAACCGCAUCCGUAACGUCGAUCGGAACUCAGGAACAGUACCAAAUGGUGAACAAUCAAUUUGCACCGCCCCAAGUUUCGCAGGGUAUCACUACCGAUUCCAAUCAAUCGAUUCCACCGACACCACCGGUACCACCCUCCUUGGUUUCACCCGGUCAACCACAAGUUCAAUCAAAUCAGUCAAUGCCUCCAACUAGCGUUGCUCCUUUCAACUAUCCACCUCCAACCCAACCUUGGGUAGCACCCGCGCAAGCUCAGCAACAACCGCCACCAUCCAAUGUUCUACCUUUACCUCAAGGUCAAUAUCAAGCUCCUCCUCCAUUCCCCGUACCCCCAUGGAACGGACAGCAAACAGUUCCGCAACCCCCUUGGAACUCGAAUGGUCCAUCUUACCCUGUUCCGCCCGCACCACGUCCUGGAUCAUUUCCCACUCAAUUUCCCGGGCAACCUGGACCUCAACCGGGGUAUCCGACACCACCACCUGGUCUUCCGAACCAUCCCGUACAACAUCAAGGACCUCCGGGCCCUCCACCUCCAGGUCAUCCCAUGCAACACCAAGGUCCCCCCGGUGCUCCACCAAUGGGACAUGUGAUGCAACACCAUCAAGGUCCACCCGGUCCACAACCUCUUGUCUCACCAGGACCGAGCCCUCAGGGGCCGCCCGGUCAAUUAGAACAACCAUCAAUGCCUCAGUCAGAGGUUAGCAUCGCGUACGAGGAUCAAAGUAUUGGAAAGGAUUAUAUUAAAGUCUUGAGCAGAACUCUUUACGUUGGAAGCGUUUCGGAAGAAAUUCCCAAAAAAUUAAUGGAAGAGGUCUUUGCUAAAUACGGAUCGAUAUCCACUAUCACGAUUAAUUACGAAAAGAAUCACGCUUUUGUGAAGAUGGAUACACGGGCAGCCGCUUCACGAGCGCUGAACGGAUUGAGGAGGAAUGCAGGACAAAAGGGAAAACAGCAGUGCAUCAUAUCAAUUGUGCGCUGGGGAGUGGGUUUUGGUCCCAAAGAUUGCUUCGAUUUCGUGUCCGGUGAGUCAUUGAUUCCUCUGACCAGGCUCACCGAAACUGAUCGCAAAUGGUUGCUCACAAGCAAAUGGGGUGGCACCAGCGGAAGGCCUGUGAUUGGCGGGAUUGUGGUAGAGGAACCGGACAUUGUGAUUGGCGAAGGAUUUUCCAGUGGCUCUGGUAAUAAAAAGUUAGGUCCACAAUUUGAAAAUACACGUGAUAGACGUGGAGGGUACGACCGGGAUGCGCGAUCACCACGUUCAUCAGAUUCCAGGAAAUUCUCAGAUGCCUCUUGGGAAGGAUCCUCGCCUAGGCGACCCAACAAUCAGAAAGACAUGAAGCAAUGGUCCGAAAAGUCCAGUGAUACUUAUCAAGGACAAUCUCAAAUUUCAGAAGACUUUUUAUUGGAGCCACAGCAACCUUACACGAAUCAAUCACACCCCGGACCGAAUGUUCAAGACAAUCGAUUGCCAUUGCAACAAACACAGUCAGAUUUCAAUUCAACUUUAACAUCACAAGAUCAGGCAUUUCAGCAGCGGCAAGAGAAGUCCUCCACCCAACCAUUUUCACACAAAAGAGAACAUUUUAGUCCUCAGAAAGAUGAACAUUAUCGAGAGAAUAAAAGAUCAAGAUGGGAUAAAUAG